AAGAUGUGCGACGACGAUGUGGCUGCUCUCGUUGUCGACAAUGGAUCCGGGAUGUGCAAGGCUGGAUUUGCCGGGGAUGAUGCACCCCGAGCAGUUUUUCCCUCGAUCGUCGGCAGGCCCAGAUACCAGGGAAUAAUGGUUGGAAUGGGUCAGAAGGACAGUUACGUUGGGGACGAAGCUCAGAGCAAAAGGGGCGUUUUGACAGUGAAGUAUCCGAUCGAGCACGGCAUCGUGACGAACUGGGAUGACAUGGAAAAAAUUUGGCACCACACUUUUUACAACGAACUGAGAAUCGCUCCUGAGGAGCAUCCGGUUCUGCUGACAGAAGCACCGCUCAAUCCAAAAGCCAACAGAGAGAAAAUGACUCAGAUUAUGUUCGAAACUUUCAAUUCACCCGCUAUGUACGUCGCUAUUCAAGCUGUUCUGUCCCUUUACGCCUCCGGAAGAACCACGGGUAUUGUUCUCGACAGCGGUGACGGCGUUUCUCACACAGUUCCAAUUUACGAAGGAUACGCUCUGCCGCAUGCAAUUUUACGUCUUGACCUCGCUGGCCGUGAUCUUACCGAUUAUCUCAUGAAGAUCCUCACAGAGCGUGGCUAUUCCUUUACGACUACCGCUGAGCGUGAGAUAGUUCGCGAUAUAAAGGAAAAACUUUGCUACGUUGCUCUUGACUUUCAACAGGAAAUGGCUACCGCCGCGGAAUCUAGCGCGCUCGAAAAGAGUUACGAACUUCCGGAUGGACAGGUUAUAACGAUCGGAAACGAGCGUUUUCGGUGUCCGGAAGCGAUGUUCCAGCCGAGUUUCCUCGGCAUGGAAUCGUGCGGUAUUCACGAAACGACGUACAAUUCGAUAAUGAAAUGUGACGUCGAUAUAAGAAAGGAUCUUUACGCGAACUCGGUAUUGUCCGGUGGAACAACGAUGUAUCCGGGUAUCGCAGACAGGAUGCAGAAAGAGAUCACUGCACUCGCUCCCUCGACCAUGAAAAUAAAGAUAAUCGCGCCGCCUGAGAGGAAGUAUUCCGUUUGGAUCGGUGGCUCGAUUCUGGCGAGUCUGAGUACCUUCCAACAGAUGUGGAUAUCAAAGCAAGAGUACGACGAAUCGGGACCCUCGAUCGUCCACAGAAAAUGUUUUUAACCUUCAAAUAUUUUCCAACGAUUAUUAUUAUUAUUACUUUGUCUUUUUGACUAAUUUUCAAAAGUUCAGCACGCAAAAGAUGGAAAAAAACAACAUCGAAACACGCAACAGACAUUCACAAUUUUAUACUUUAAUUAUAUUUAUUAAUUUAUUGUCCGCUAACGCGAAAACUAAAUAGAUCGACGAGCUGUUCGUUCAAGUACUUCACUUCUAUAUUACUUUAAUCGUCGUUUACAUUUAUUUAUACGCUCAUUAUUUUUAUAUUCUUUACAUUCAUUCGUCAAGGAUAAACGAAAAAUCAAUUGAUGUGGAGUAAGUGAAAAAUGUCUUUUAUCCAUACAUGCUUUAUUUCCUAUAAUAUAUAUUUAUGUAUAUAUAUAUAUAAUUUAUUUAUUUAGAUGGUAAAUGUUGAUGGUGGAACUGAAUAUUGAGUCGAAACUUCUUUAUCUCUCGCUUGACCAGCUUCGCAAUCUUUAAAAAUCUGUACAUUCGCAGGCCUCGCUGAGGCCACCAGUAUUGGUGGUCGCGAGAGGGAAGUAUUUCGUUUCUCAUUUUGUCAUUUCGACGAAACUCAAAAUUUUCUCACGUUUCUUUGCUCUCAUUGUCUUUUUUGUCGUUGAAUCUUAAAAAAAAACAUAAUUUACAUAAUUAUCAUUAAAUAGAAACAAAGGUCAUUAAGUUUUAAUCUAAAAUUUUAUUAUUUACAAUCGUCAAUAUAUAUAUUGUACUCUUUAGGCUCUUCUAAACCUCGUUAGAUAAAAUCUGGUUCCACAAAGUCCUGAUAAUUUAAGUGGACGGCCGAUCGGCGUUUUUUUAUUUUUUAUUUUCGUUUAUUAUCGUCGCUGUUCUAUU